AUGUCGCUUGUGCACCAUUAUAAACAUUGGACACUCUUUCUCUAUCAUGCAUUACGUGCACCUACAAUCCAGAUUUAUAUGAAAUCACCAUCUAUUGUCGCAGGUCAAGAUAUUUCAGGCACGGUCGUCAUUCAACAUUACCAGAGUACAAUCUUUGGUGUCACUGUCAACGUGAUAGGAAAGGAAGUCAACAAACAGAGUCGCGUCUUUCUCAAGGACACCAUUCUUCAAUUGGAUUCUAUUGAUAUGGAACACAAAUUGACGCUGCCAUUCAACUACAGGCUGUCGGAUCUAUUGAGUGGUACCUAUGCGCAUAAAAGGGGUUCCAUUCAGUACUACAUUCAAUGUGAGCUUUGGUAUACACGUUUGGGUAGCAUAGAGAGAGUGAGAGUAAAGAAACGAUUUGAGCUGUAUUCAAACAUGAGCCAUUACAUGAAUGUGGAUAAACCUAUAUCUUUUUCAUCCGCACAUCCUGACGUGUCUAUUGACUUUUAUAUGCCUCGUACUGUCUGGAUAACAGACAAUACACCUAUUUAUAUACAUUUGACCAUUCAAAACAACACACUAGACCACAGUAUUAAUGAAAUUAAACUGAGACUAGUCAAACGAUUUAAGCAAAAUAAAGAAGUUAUUGCAACUAGUUCAAGUUUAGGAUGGUGGCAACCUUUAGAACCAGAGCAACAAGAUACUAUCCUGAUGACAAUCCAACCACCUGCAAAUGAAUUUACCAUCUCACAACAAGGAAGUAUGGCCGUCUCUUUUGAAGUACAAGCAUUUACACGCUCUCAAAGAUUCAAAAAAGACGUCAUGUUGGCUAACAUACCUGUUAUUCUUGUCCAUCCUAUGUCAUCCACAACAUUUUCACCACCGCUUCUUCAAGUACCUCAGAUAGCCUUUCCACCUAGCAUACGGUACUAUCCUCAUAAAACUCUUUUAGGCAAGAUGAAAAAGAGUAUAUCCAGUUGGAUUCACAAAUCACCUUCGAUCUCAUCUUAUGCUUCUACUGCUACUACAAGUACUGCUCGAAACGUGGCAAGCUUUGCUAUGGAAAAAGUAGAGAUUCCUUAA